GACGUCAUGCGACAUCACGCUACAUCAUUGCUACCUCUCUGGAAUUCUGUCGAGUCUAUAUAACCCUCACGUUCGCUGCCAUGUACCGUACACUGUUCUUUUCCCUCUUUUCUAUUACAGAUUCCAAUGCCUUAUACGGCUGUGUGUGAAUUUCCCUGAUCCCUGAGGACAUGGUGUCGUGUGGCUGUGGUGUGACAUGACACGGACUAUUGCAGUGAUGUUUGCGUGAGGAUAAGGCUGGAGAGUUGCUUCCUAUCCAUCAUGCAGCCACACUCUCCCGUAGAGUCUGGCUUUAUGCCCAGGAAAGAGUUCAUCCGCGACCAACGAACAACAAACGCUUUCUGUCUCCUCGCUUUCUCUGCAUCCAGCCUCAUCAGACUCUAUUCCUUCCCCGUCCCCCUCAUCGACGCCCUCCGCGUCCUCUUUGACCACUUCUAUCUCUCCGUCGCAUUCCGCCAGGACUCCGCUCAGAACCUCUGCGAGUUCACCCUCGACGCAAAACCAUGGGCGUCCCCAAAGAGCGUAAAGACAGAGCGCAUCAUCGUCGACAUCCUUGCAACCAUAUACAGACACGGCUACUCCUAUGUCUCCACCAUCGACUAUGGCCGUGAGCACGACGAUCGUCUCGCAAUCGCCUUCUCAAGGCCCUCCUCUCCCACUCCCUCCCCGCCCCAUUCCAUGUAUCCCAUCCCUGCUGGCUCAGGGAGCAACAUAUCCCAUCAGACUGGCUCUAAACCCGAGAAACGUGUCCCCUUUGCCAUCUCCUUCGUCUCUGCUAAAAUACUUCGUGUCAUAUACCCCCCCCUCCACUCCACCCCCGCCAUCCUACAGGCAGUCAGGGCCUCUUGGCCUCGUGGCGUCGUCUCAGAGAAAAAAGUAGGUGACGCGUCAUACGAAUUCAAGCUCAAGGGCUACAAAUGGUUCCAGGAAGACACCUUUGCAACUGACUCCCUCCGCCACAUCCUCUCCCUCCUCUCCUCCCUCGACACACACGCCUUUUCCCUCGUCGCAUCCCUCUCCCUCUCAAACCGCUCCCGCGUCAAGGACCUCUGGAUAUUCACAGGCGCAGGCUCUUCCGAUAUCCCAGACCAACAAUGCUGGCCAGAGUCUCCCAUCGCUACCAUGAGCCAUUCCGGUUCCUACCCAGAGCUCAAACCGAACCCCCUCUCUAUACCGGAGCCUCCCGUCUACACGCCGGAGAAAGGCCUCCAGCCAUCGCAUCGGAGGAUGGUCACAGCGCCCUCGGCCCCCUACCACGACCAGCAGGGCCCCUUUGCCCCAUCACACACACCCCACUUCCUCUCGCGGGCACCGACGGAGAAGAUCAAGCCACCAGCCCUCAUCACCACCUCUGGUCUCUCCUCCCCAGGCCCCGCAGCGCUGCGCAAACCAGCGCCCAGAGCCCAGCUCCCCGUCUCUGUCGACCUCGACGCACGUGAGGAAGAGGACGAAGACGGAGAGGGAGAGCAACACGACCACUUCAACGCCGACCUCCCCAGCACCAUUCCCAGCCCCGUCGAGAACAUGACAGGCAUAGGCACCAUGGCAGCCUCCGCCCGCCGGCGCUUCUCCUCCCACCUCGCUUAUGCGACGUCCACGCCUGCUGCUGCGGAGAUGGACGACGACGACGAGGUGUUUGAGCAGCAGACGAUUGACGUGAACGAUUCGCGGUACCCCACGUUCCAGAACGGGAAUGCCAGAGCCCGCUCACGUUCGCCCUCCUUCCAGCGCCGGCUCAGCGCCUUCAGACCAGCCUCGCGCCUGCGGAUGUCCCUCACGCAAUCAAUGCACCACACCUCACAAAGCCUCGAUUCGAUGCCGCCUCACGCACGACAGUCGACGACCUCACGGGAUGCCUCGCCCCCCUCGGCUGCCGCAUCGCCACCACCACGACACGAAGAGGCGGGGAUGCUGUUGAGCGCGGGGGCGUUUGGGGCGGACGAGGGGGAUAUGAGGGUUUCGGCGUUUUCGGCGAGGACGGAUGCGACGUGUGAGAUUCCUAUCAAGUGGACGGGAACGGGGGUGGGGGCGAAGGAGGCGGGGAUGGGGCAGGGUCAGGGACAGGGGUUGCAUCGGACUUCGACGACGACGCCUGCGUUUCCGGGGGGCUGGGCCUCCUCUCCAUCGCCUCAUCCCGAUGCCUCUAAAGUCAACAAGGGUGACAGAGAUAGAACACCCUCCCCGCCCACCAACCCCAAACGCCCCAAACACGACGUCCCAGGGGCGGAAAGGUACACGGACAGAGCGCUGCAGGACGUGGAUGCGCGCGUUGCUUCGCCUGAGGUAGUGUGCGAGAGUGGGGAGGGGGCGAGGAGGAGCGAAGCUGGGUUUGUGGGGAUGAUGAGGUCGCCGGGGGUGUCGCCGACGAAGUCGACUUUUGACAGGUCUAGGGCGGGGACGAAUCAGACGUUUGGUUCGAGCGAGCAGUAUCAGUACCCACACUCACACUUGCAGCACCAACAUCAACAACCGCAGCACCAACCACAACAACCGCAACAGCAGCAACCACAACAGCCCCCACGUUCACCUACGAAAGGAGCCAGCGGGUGUAGCACGGGGACGGGGCAUGGGUGGGUGUUGGUGAAUGUAGAGGCGAGGGCGAAUGUUGAGGAGCAUGGUGGGCAGUCGCAUACGCAUUCGAGGACGCACUCGCCGUCGCCUGCUGCGAAUGGGCGGGUUCCGAAGGGGCAGGGAGGACAGGGACAGGGACACGCCUCGUCGAUGGCGGCAGCUGCUAAAGCGACUGUGGUCAUUGAUGCUAAAGGCGCUGCGAAGAAGUCUUCCAAUGGUGGUGCCAAGGAGAAGGAAAAGGACAGGGGGAAGGAGAAAGGGAAGGAGAAGCAAAAAAGCAAGGAGAAGUCGCCAUCGUCGGGUUUACGAGGUUUUCUUUCUUUGUCGCCGCGGAUGGGGAAGACGGGGAAUGUGAUGGGGAAUGGAAAUGGGAGUGGGAAUGGGAAUGGGAAUGGACAUGGGGAGCCUAGGCUGAAGUCGCGUGUGGAUUAUGAUCAUGCGAGACCGAAGUCGACGGAGCCGUUUGCGAAUGGGGAGGGGGGACGGAGGGUGGGGGAGAGGGAGAGAGAGAAAGGCGAGAGGGAUAAAGGAGAAGGGGAGAAGGGGAAGAUACGGAAUAAACUGAUGCGCAUCGGGGUGAAUGAGGUGUCGCCGAGGAGAGCAGAUGAAAAGCGGCUCAUGAUUGACUGACGCGCCUCCUCCCACCCAUCCCCUCCCUCUCCAUCUCUCUUCGCAUCCAACCCAUCACAUCGUUUUUCGUUAACGUCGCGGCAUUAUAAUAUGCCCUAGGACAUUUUUUUAAUCAUACGGACCAGGAAUAGGAAUCAGGACACAUCCAUUCUACCAUUUUCCACUUCUACCAUAUUCCCUUCAACACAAGCACAUCUCUUUUCAUCGAGCCACUGGCAAAGGCUCCUCAUACUCCAUAUCUCACUAUUAUACCUAUGCAUCGAUUUUUAGUAUGUUUUUUUCGUUUAUCUUAAUCUUAGCUUAAUCACGUUCGUUCUUUCUUUGGGUUUGACAUGGUGUUCAUCACAGUGUCGCCCGUUCACGCUCUUUUACUCGUCCUGUUUACUUGUCGCUUGCUUGCUUUUGCUUUUGUUUCUAGUCUGUCACUUUCAUGCGGGUUUUUGAUUUCUUGAUUUUCACGACUCACGACCGCUCAUGCUUGAUUUACGAACCAUGAUACAUAUACUUGCCAUUUCCCUUCUCCACUGGCUUCAAAGUCCAUUCUUCACUUUUCUGCGCUGCGCAGGCUUCAGGCUUUUUUCGCCUUUUGAUUUUUUUCGACGUGUAUACUAGCUUAAUAGCUUCAGCCACGGUUUAGAUAUGAAAAUCUGGCAUUACAUACGAUACGAUAUACUACGACAAUGCAUAUGCAUUGACAUCAUCA